CCACCGAUCGGUGGUUGUAAACGAGCGUGAUCGGGUGCAAUUCCGUGACCGUUGAUCGUGAAUACCAGCGCAAAGAGCUUCAAAGAGUGUACCUGUUGGCUAGGAGCAGGCAUCUGGAGAUAAAGGAUCCUUACGGGAAACGUUAAGCACAAGGAUGCACGCUACGGACGCUCGUGCAAACGAAGAAAUGGGCCACAACAACGAGCUGACGAUGACGGAGGAACGCAAAAUUACGACCACGCCGGUGAUGGAGUUCUACCGGGAUAAGUGCGUCCUAAUCACGGGCGGAACCGGCUUCAUCGGGCGCCUCCUCAUCGAGAAGCUUCUGCGAAUCAACGUACGACAGAUCAUCCUGCUUUCGAGGCCAAAGAAGGGCAAAACGGUACAGGAGCGUUGCGACGAUCUGUUCAGCAGCAUCGUGUUCAUGAACCUGAAGAAAGACUACCCGACGUUCAUCGAGCGUGUCAAGUUGGUUGAUGCGGACCUGCAGUAUCCCUCGCUGGGGUUGUCGGAUGAAUCGAUCGAGUACAUCAUCAACAACGCGCAGAUAGUGCUGCAUGCAGCCUCGGACGUGCGUUUCGAUCAGGCGCUUAAGAAAGCGAUCGAAGUGAACGUGCGUGGAACGCGUGAUCUGCUGCGUAUCGCUGAGAAGAUCGUCAACUUGGAGCUGUUCGUGUACAUCUCAACGGCGUACUCAAACUGUCCCCAGGGGUUGAUCAAGGAGCAGUUCUAUACACCGCCGUCUGAGCCGGAGAAGAUGAUCCAGCUGGUCGAAGCCAUGGACGAGCGGUUCGAGGAGCACAUCAAUAAGACGGUGAACGAUUUCAUACAUCCCUGGCCGAACACCUACGUCUACACGAAGGCGCUCACGGAGGACGUCGUCCGGCAGUAUGGUGAACUGCUCCCAAUUGCCGUGGUUCGACCAUCGAUCGUGAUCGCGACCAACGAGGAACCAAUCAGUGGAUGGACGGACAACAUCUACGGGCUGAACGGAGUGAUCGCAGGCAUCGCGCUCGGUAUCAUCCGCAUCAUGCACGUGGAUGACAACAACAAGGCGGACAUAAUACCGGCGGACAUUGUCGUGAAUGCGGUCCUAGCCGCCGGAUGGCAGACCUACGUGGAACGGAAACACGAUCGGCCUCUGCCGGAGGCGAAGGCGAACGGGGAGCCCAAGGAGGUGGCUAAGCCCCGGACGAAAAUUUACAACUGUGUCACCGGAAACGACAACCCCAUCUCGUACCAAAAAAUCUACGAGCUAUCGAUCGAAGUUGGUAAACAUUGUCCACCGAAAAAGUCGCUUUGGGUGGUGUGCCACAACACGACGACGAACAAGUAUUUGUACGAGUUUUACAAGCUGAUCUAUCACCUGCUGCCGGCACUGUUGAUUGACACAUAUCUGCGAGUUAUUCGACGUACUCCGAGAGUUAUGGACCUUUAUCGAAAGGUGCAUAAGUUCGCAACGGUUAUUGCUUACUUCGCCAACGGUCGGUGGUCAUUCGAGAAUGAUAAUAUGAAAUCCCUGAGAGACAAGCUAUCACCCGACGAUCAGAUCAUGUUCCCGUGCAACAUCAAGAAGAUCGAAUGGGCCGACUACUUCUGGACGUACAUUCAUGGUCUUCGCAAGCAUAUUGCCAACGAGCCGCUGGAGAAUCUGGACGAAGCGAUCAAACGUCACAAGCAGAUGCGGAUAGUGCACUACUUCAUCCUGGCGGCGUACUACUCGUUGUGGGCCCUUCUCGUUUUCUACCUCUGUAAGGCGGUCGGGAUGCUCGUAUUCUAGGUGAUGCAAACGACGCUAGUACCCAGUAUACGUCGGGAUGGGGAUCUAGUUGCUAGAAAAGCUAAGCAAAACGCUCGCGAGCGUACGUCUCAAGGUCAGAUCACUUGUACAAACUGAGACGGUGGAUAAUGCGGGUUUGCUGAGGCGAGAACGGCAUUAAAAGCUUAAGAUUAAGCCGUUCAGUUUAGUUUUAGUUUCGAGUGUAAUUUCUUGUGCUUCUUUUUCAUGUACAUAGAACAGAAGACUUAAGAAAAUAAAUAGAAGCAUCUUACGGUACAC